AGAAGCUGCAGGAGCUCAGAAGGAUAAUGGUAGCUCAGACACGCCGACACCGACGACGGCGGAUGCCACCGCCGACGAGCCCAUGGUCGGUCCUGGUCCGGCCCCACAACCACGACGCAAGCGCCCUCUUCAGUUCGAGAAGGCCUAUCUCGACUCUCUGCCCUCCGCCAAUAUGUAUGAAAAGAGUUAUAUGCAUCGUGAUGUGGUCACUCAUGUUGCUGUCUCACCUGCUGAAUUUUUCAUCACUGGAAGUGCCGAUGGUCACUUGAAGUUCUGGAAGAAAAAGCCUAUUGGAAUUGAGUUUGCCAAGCAUUUCAGAUCUCACCUUGGACCGAUCGAAGGUCUAGCUGUUAGUGUGGAUGGUAUGCUUUGCUGUACAAUCUCAAAUGAUCGGUCAGUUAAAAUAUAUGAUGUAGUCAAUUAUGACAUGAUGGCCAUGGUACGCCUCCCUUUCAUACCUGGUUGUGCCGAAUGGGUUUACAAACAAGGGGAUGUCAAGGCUAAGUUGGCUAUCAGUGACCGUAAUUCCUCAUUUGUACAUAUAUAUGAUGCCAGAGCCGGCACAAAUGAGCCCAUCAUAUCUAGAGAGAUACACUUAGGGCCCAUUAAAGUAAUGAAGUUCAACCAGGUUUUUGACGCCGUCAUCUCUGCAGAUGAUAAAGGAAUUAUUGAGUACUGGAAUCCUGGCACGCUAAAGUUCCCUGAGGAUGGGAUUGGUUUUAGAUUGAAAACUGAUACAAAUCUCUUUGAAAUCGUGAAAUGCAAGACUACAGUUUCUACUCUAGAGGUGAGCCCUGAUGGUAUGCAGUUUUCCAUUACAUCACCUGAUCGUAGGAUCCGCGUGUUCUGGUUCAGAACAGGGAAACUACGACGAGUUUAUGAUGAAUCUCUUGAGGUGGCCCAAGAUCUCCAGAGGAGUGAUGUCCCUCUUUACAGGCUAGAAGCUAUUGAUUUUGGCAGACGCAUGGCUGUAGAAAAAGAAUUUGAAAAAACAGAAAAUGCACCUCAGCCUAAUGCAGUUUUUGAUGAAAGCUCAAAUUUCCUUAUUUAUGCGACACUUCUAGGGAUUAAAAUUAUAAAUCUACAAACAAAUAAAGUUGCGAGAAUCCUAGGGAAGGUGGAAAGUAAUGACAGAUUUUUGAGAAUUGCCUUGUAUCAAGGUGAUCGAGGCAGUAAAAAAGUAAGGAAGAUUCCUUCUGCUGCUGUAAAUGCUAAUGAAAGCAAGGACCCUCUGACAGAUCCCACUCUCCUAUGCUGUGCUUUCAAGAAGUAUAGAAUCUAUUUAUUCAGUCGGAGAGAACCUGAGGAACCAGAAGAUCCAACUAAGGGAAGAGAUGUAUUCAAUGAAAAGCCACCUGCUGAUGAACUUCUGGCUGUAUCAGAGCUUGGAAAGGCAGUCACAACAUCCCUUCCGGAUAAUGUGAUCCUUCACACCACUAUGGGUGACAUUCAUAUGAAGCUAUACCCUGAAGAGUGUCCAAAGACUGUAGAGAAUUUUACAACGCAUUGCAGAAAUGGCUAUUAUGAUAAUCUGAUUUUUCACCGGGUUAUUAAAGGUUUCAUGGUACAGACUGGAGAUCCAUUGGGAGAUGGUACUGGCGGGCAAUCCAUAUGGGGAAGGGAGUUUGAGGAUGAAUUGCACAAAAGCUUGCGGCAUGAUAGGCCUUUUACAGUAUCAAUGGCUAAUGCUGGGCCGAACACAAAUGGUUCUCAAUUUUUUAUCACCACUGUUGCCACUCCAUGGUUGGAUAACAAACAUACAGUUUUUGGCAGAGUUUUAAAAGGAAUGGAUGUUGUACAGGCUAUAGAGAAAGUAAAGACUGACAAGGCAGACAAGCCAUACCAAGAUGUAAAGAUUUUGAAUGUGACCGUUCCAAAGUCCUAGAUUAGAUUGGACAGUUCUUUUUCAUAGACACUGUUGAUGAUCCUGGGUCCCUGUUCUCAGUACGAAGAACAUUAAUUCGUAUAAUCCCAUGGCCUAAGUGUGGUGAAUGUUGCACAAGAAGGGAAGAGGGGUGUUUCUUCCAGACAUUUGAUUUGUUCUGAUUAUUCAUCAAUUUCAACAACUAGCAUGAGUUAAACUUUUUCAACUCUGGAAAAGAUGGGAGGAUGAGCAGAUAGACGAAAAUUUGAAUUUUCAAACCCUUUACUUUGUAUGCUGUGGAAAAUCUGCAGUUUUCUUAUGGCAUGACUUAACAGUAGUGUUAUACUUUCUCUUAUUGAAGGGUUAUAUUUGAAUAUGUUAUCAGUAGAAUUAUCUAAUCUCUGG